UGUCUCUGUGUGUGUGAGGGGUCGCACCGGGCCCCGGCGGCGGCGCCCAGCAGAAGAUGGCGGUGACCGCGCUCGGUGCCCCCCCCCCCGGCCCCGCCUCACCGGGGCCCCGUCGGGGACCGGCCCCGGUCGCGCAUGCGCGGGGCGAGCCCCGGGCGCUUCCGCUUCCUGCGCGGCGAGCGGGACCGGGCGGCCCGAGCGGGACCGGGCGGCCCGAGCGGGGCCCGCAGCAGCCCCGGAGCGGCCCCGCGGCCGCCAUGGCCAUGGCGCUGAAGAUGCUGCCCUGCAAGAAGCGCAGAGCGGCGGCGGCGGGGCCGCCGAGCCCGAGGGAGCGCGGGGAGGACGCGGAGCUGCCCGGAGGCUCCGGUGCUGCCGAUGGAGGCGGCUCCGCCAGGCCCGCGGGGAGGGGGCCCGGGGAGGCCUCGCCGAAGAGCGGGAGGAAAGCCCCCGGGAGGCCGGCCCUGAGCCCCGCGCCGGAGCUCCCCGCGGGGCCCGGCAGCCCGGCGGCGGCGGCGGCGGAAGGGAAAAUCCCCAAGCUGUACACAGAGGUGGAAGUGAGUUCUCAGAGGAAUCUGUGUCCCAGUGAAAACCCUGGUGCAGUGCCAGAGUCUCCAGGGAGAAGCUCCCUGCAGGUUUCUGCUGCCAGAAAUCCCACCACGAUGAAGCCACAGAAGAACAGCAGAGCUGAGGAGCAGGACGGGGAGGACGUCGAGAGGAGGAAGAGGAGGAGGAAGGCAACCAAACGGAAAAGAGAAGGAAAAAGCCAGGAAGAAGAGGGCUCCUUGUCCUGUGACAUCAAACUGGACGAGUCCCUGGACCGCACCCUGGAAGAUGGAGCCAAGCAGCACAACCUGACCGUGGUCAACGUGAGGAACAUCCUGCACGAAGUGAUCACAAAUGAACAUGUGGUGGCCAUGGUGAAAGCAGCCAUCAGUGAGACAGAAGAUAUUCCUUUGUUUGAGCCCAAAAUGACUCGUUCCAAACUGAAGGAGGUGGUGGAGAAAGGAGGGGUGAUUCCAACAUGGAAUAUUUCUCCAAUUAAGAAGGCAAAUGAGGUGAAGCCUCCUCAGUUUGUGGACAUUCCCCUGGAGGAAGAUGAUUCCUCUGAUGAAGAAUACCAGCCUGAUGAUGAAGAGGAGGAUGAGACUGCAGAAGAGAGCUUGCUGGAGAGUGAUGUGGAGAGCACAGCUUCUUCUCCUCGUGGAGCCAAGAGGUCCAGGACAAGGCGCUCCUCUGAUGAGGAGGGAGGGACCCUCUGUGAGAUGGAGGUGGUCACCCCAGCCGUUGUUAGACACAUCAGUGCUGAAGUGGUGCCCAUGGGACCUCCACCACCUCCCAAACCCAAGCAGAGCAGGGACAGCACCUUCAUGGAGAAGCUGCAUGCAGUGGAUGAGGAGCUGGCCUCGAGCCCCAUCUGCAUGGACUCCUACCAGAUCCCAAGAAGGUUGCGUUUGUCCCCGCAGCCCCUGGAGGACAGCCUGAUCGCCUUCCGGACGCGCUCCAAGAUGCCGCUGAAGGACGUUCCCCUGGGGCAGCUGGAGGCCGAGCUGCGCGCCCCCGACAUCACCCCCGACAUGUACGAGCCCAGCACGGGCCACGACGAGGUGUGGGAGAGGUGGCUCAGGGGGCUCAUGGAUGAUGACGUGGAGAACGAAGAUGAAGCUGAUGAUGAUGACGACCCUGAGUACAAUUUCCUGGAAGAUCUGGAUGAGCCAGACACAGAAGAUUUCAGGAAUGACCGUGCUGUGAGAAUCCCCAAAAAGGAGGUGAAUGAGCUGAUGGAGGAGCUGUUUGAGACAUUCCAGGGUGAGAUGGGUUUCUCCAGCGUGAAAGAUGAAAGGCCAGAGGAUGGAGAUGCUGUCACGGAGUCUCGGCCAAGUUUUAACACCCCCCAGGCCCUCAGAUUUGAGGAGCCUCUGGCCAAUUUGCUGAACAAGCAGCACCAGACGGUGAAGGAGCAGCUGGAGCAGCUGAGAAUGAAGAAGUCCUCAAUCAAAGCACCCCAAGAGGCUGAAAAAUCCAAAUCCCAAAAUGAGAAGCCCCUCCACAGCCUUGUUCUGGACAGUGCACAAAGGAAGAGGCUCCAGCAGCAAAUGCAGCAGCACGUUCAGCUCCUGACUCAAAUCCAUCUCCUGGCAAGUUUCAACCCUGCUCUGAGUUCAGAGGCCAGCACCACCCAGAUGUUUUUGAGCGAGCUCGGGAGCUUUGCCUGCAGCUCCACCCUGCACCAGGGGCCCCAGAACCCCAAAUUCCAGACCAUGUUCCAGCCCUGCAACUUGCAGGGGGCCCUGCAGCUCAUUGAGGACUUCCACGCCCAGGUCCCAGUGGACUGGAGCCCUCGGAAGGCUGUGAAGAACGCAAAUGAAUUCUCAUGUUUGCCAAAGCAAGUGGCCUGGAUUUUGGCAACCAGGAAAGUUUUUAUGUACCCAGAGCUGCUGCCAAUUUGUUCCUUGAGAGCAAACCCUCCCCGAGACAAGAUUGUCUUCACCAAGGCAGAGGACAACUUGUUGGCUUUAGGGCUGAAACAUUUUGAAGGGACGGAUUUUCCCAAGCCUUUGAUCAGCAAAUACCUCCUGCCCACCAAAACUGCCCAUCAGCUGACAGUGAGGAUCAAGAACCUCAACAUGAACCGAGCCCCUGACAACAUCAUCAGGUACUACAGGAAGACAAAGCAGCUGCCUGUGCUGGUGAAGUGCUGUGAGGAAAUCCAGCCCCACGAGUGGAAAGCUCCUGUGGAGAGGGAAGAGCAUCGCCUGCCCUUCUGGUUAAAGGCAAGCUUGCCCUCCAUCCAGGAAGAGCUGAAGCAGCUGGCUGAAGAUGCCAAGGAGUCACCAGCCUCACCCGAUGGAGAAUCUGCCCUUUCGGGGACAGAAAAGGAAACUUCAGACAGGGGAUGUGAUGACAAAUACCCUCUGCUGAUGCCCAAGGGGCUCGUGCUGACCCUGAAGCCUUUGGGCAACCGCUUCUCCAGGAGGCCCUGGAGGAGGCAGAGGUCUUCAAGUCUGAAGCCUGUCCUGAUCCGUCCCAAUCCCUGUCUGCAGCCCAGCUCCAGCCCCCUCAGUGUCCAGAAAGCUCAGAAGUCGGCCCAGUCAGAGGCUCCCCCCAGCAAGCUCCGGGGCCGGGUCCCUCGGCCCAUCCAGCCGGCGCCGCCGCCCCUGAACGUUCCGGCGGUGCUGGGAGCUGGGGAUGGCCUGGAAUUCCAGAAUGUUCUUUCCGCCGCCCAGCCAAACUCCAGACAAGCCUUCCCAGCUGCUGUACCCCCAGCUCUGGUGUCCUCGGAAGCGGGGGCGUUCCAGCCCAAGCUGGUGCUGCCGGCCUCGGCCGGGAUGAAGGCGCGCAAGCCUUGCGUGCGUAAGGGCCACCAGAGGAAGAAAGGGACGAGAUCUGCCCCGCCGAUCAAACCCUCCCCUCUGAUCCAGCCCUCCCCCGUCAUCCUGACCGUCCCUGCCACCACUGUGAAGGUGCUGAACAUCGGCAGUGGCUGCAACAUGCUCCAGCCCCUGAACACGGCAGUGGGCCGAGGCGCUCAGGCCAUUCCCGUCACAACCCUGCUGGUGAAUCCCUCCACCUUCCCCUGCCCCUUAAAUCAGCCCCUGGUGACCUCUUCCAUCCCGUCCCUGAUUGUCUCUCCCAGCCCUGUUGGUCUGUCUGCUCCUGCUGUGGCUGAAGGGGAGGAGCAGCUGACCCUGGUCCCUGCUCCAGCUGCUUUUCCUAAGGUGGAGCCCAAGGUGGAGCCCCCAGAGCUCUUUGUCCCCUGCUCCACCCUGUCCCCAAAGGAGGAGUGUGGCACAAACCCUGCCCGUGGGGACACGCAGGACAAGGGGAGCAAGGGUGACUGCUGCAGCUGGGCGGUGGGAGAGGGAGAUGGGAACACAUCAGAGCCUUUGCCUGUGGUGGAGCUUUUGCCUCACUUGGAAGAUCCCGAUGAAUCCGUGGAAAUCAAGUCUGAAGAUUUGAGUGAUGCUCCCAAAGAAGCAAACCUGGCGCAGAAAAGGGAUCUUUUAUGUGCUGAGAGGAAGGAGGAGUUCAUGCUGGGCCUUGGCCAGGAGCUGAACAUGGAGGCUGCCUGUUCCUGUGGGGACGACCCCAAGAAGGAGCACGGUCCCUGUGAGGAGAAGGGAGAGGAGGAACGCCGGGCUGUGCCCUCCCCGCCCCGGGGGGAGCAGCAGGGGGAGCCUGGGGGGGCUGCUGGGCCACCAGGCACCAGCGACUCCCCAAAGAACCUCCCUUACCCAGCCGAGAGGGAGGCAGAGUUCAGCAGCCCCCCGGGAAGGCCAGAGGACUCAUCCAGCAUUGAUGGGCAGUCCGUGGGGACACCGGCCGGCCCCGAGGCUGCAGGAGACAGGGAAGGGCAAGAAGAAGAGGAAGAAGAUGAUUUUGAUGAUUUUACACAAGAUGAGGAUGAGGAAAUGUCAUCAGCCUCAGAAGAGUCGAUUCUGUCAGUGCCAGAGCUGCAGGAGACAAUGGAAAAACUGACUUGGCUUGCAACGGAGAGACGUUUAAGCCAAGAAGGAGAUUCUGAAGAAGAGAAUUCUCAGGAAGAGAACUCUGAGCCUGAGGAGGAGGAGGAGGAGGAAGGGGAAGGAAUAGAGAGCUUACAGAAAGAUGAUGAAAUAACUGGAGAUACAUCAGAGGAGCCUAAAUCUGCCUUCACCAUGGCCAAGGCAGCUUCCCCACAGGUGGAAGCCCACAGGAUGCCAGCAGGAGAGAACCUGAAAGCCCCCGGGAAGAGCAGGAGCUCCCACAGGACCAGGAACAAGAGGGGCAGAGCUCGUGGCAGCAAGGACACCUCCAAGCUGCUCCUGCUCUACGACGAGGACAUCCUGGAGAGGGAUCCCCUGAGGGAGCAGAAGGACCUGGCCUUUGCCCAGGCCUACCUGACCAGGGUCCGUGAGACCCUGCAGCACAUCCCAGGAAAAUACGAAGAUUUCCUGCGCGUCAUCUACGAGUUCGAGAUCAGCACGGACAAACGGACGGCCGUGGAUCUCUAUUCCACCCUGCAGAAGCUGCUGCACGACUGGCCACAGCUGCUCACAGAUUUUGCUGCCUUUCUUCUACCCGAGCAAGCUUUGGAGUGUGGGCUGUUUGAGGAGCAGCAAGCCUUUGAGAAGAGCAGGAAGUUCCUCAGGCAGCUGGAGAUCUGCUUUGCUGAAAAUCCUGCUCACCACCAGAAGAUCAUCAAGGUCCUGCAGAGCUGUGCAGACUGUCUGCCCCAGGAGAUUGCAGAGCUGAAGACCCAGAUGUGGCAGCUGUUGAAGGGCCAUGACCACCUGCAGGAUGAGUUCUCGGUUUUCUUUGAUCACCUUCGGCCCUCGGCCAGCCGCAUGGGAGACUUUGAGGAGAUCAACUGGACAGAAGAGAAGGAAUACGAGUUUGAUGGGUUUGAAGAGGUGUCUCUGCCAGAUGUAGAAGAGGAGGAUGAACCACCCAAAAUUCAUGGAGCCACCAGAAACAAGAAGAGGAAGGAGAUUGGAGGCCAGCACCACGACAAGGAGGUGGAGUGGGUGGACGGGCUGAAGGAAUGUUCCUGUUCCUGCCACGAAGGGAGCAGCGACCUGAAGCUCAAGAAGAGCAAGAGGAGGAGCUGCAGCCAUUGUGGCAGCAAGGUGUGUGAAAGCAAAUUUUACAAAAACAAAGAUUCUCAAGAGCUGCCUGCCAGCCUUGCUCAGAGAGAGUCAAGUCCCCAGCCAGAAGGGAGGGAGCCUGGAAUGUCCAAGGAACCUGGAGAAGAGAUCCUGGAGAGCAGAGACGAGGCAGAGGACGUGCAGGGCAGAGCAAAGCCUGCCUCUAGGAAGGUGGACUCUGUGUCUCCAGCAGGAUCUCAGCUGGAAGGAAGGGUGGCCUCCAGCAGAGCUGCACCUUGUGAAAAGCCUGCCCCUGCUGAUGCCCGGGUUCCAGAAGGUUCCGGUGCAGGUGUGGACACUGCCAAGGACAGGGACUCUGCUGCCAGUGGCCCCAGAUGGGCACAGCUACAAAAAGCUGCUCUGAAACUACCUCAAGAAACCAAAGACUGCCCUUGCCCUGAGGGACUGGAGCGGCCCGGGGGGGCUGCAGAGGCUGCCCCGGGGCCGAGCAGGGACCUGCUGCUCUCUGCUGCAGCAGAAGGGUCCCCAGGACCUCACCCCUGCUGUGGACAGAGCCCCUGUCAGCCUGAGGGCCUUCAUUCUGCUGCAGAGCAGCCCAGGGGCUCUGCUCCUGCUCCAGAAGGUGGCAGAGAACUCGAGGGAGCGCCUUUGGCCCUGGAAGGAGGAGCUGAAGCAAAGCAGGGCUGGAGCACGAGGAGCAGCCGAGCAGCAGAGGGUGGGAGCUGCAGCCUGGAGACACAGGACAGAGGCUGCACUGGAGAUGCCCCUGAGGGCAGGCCAGGGGCAAAUGCAAGCAGCAGCUUCGUGGUGCAGCAGCACCCUGAGCAGCAGGAGCCCAGAGCAGGGCACAGGGAGGAGGAGCAGCAGCAGCAGCAGCGAGUGACAGAGGCCACCGUGUGUGCCAAGAACAGCAAAGUCAGCUCCACUGGCGAGAAGGUUGUGCUCUGGACCAGGGAGGCUGACAGAGUCAUCCUCACCACCUGCCAGGAGAAGGGAGCCCACCUGGACACCUUCCACGCCAUCUCCCAGAAACUGGGCAACAAAACAGCCAGCGAGGUGUCCCACAGGUUCAGGGAGCUGAUGAGGCUGUUCCACACGUCCUGUGAUGGGAGCUCUGAGGAUGAGGAGGAUGCCACCAGCACCAGCAACACAGACCAGCUGUCAGAUAAAGAUCUUCUGCUUUCUGAGGAAGAACCUGAUGACUGAGGUGAUCAACCACAGGCUGCACCAGAAGAGGGUUUUGUCUUUUUUGCCAGUUUGCUGCUAGACAGGUGCUGUGGAAAAAUGUUUGCACAGGUACUUGAGACAGCACUUUCUUUUUUUUUUUUUUGUUCAAUUUCCAGCCUGUUGGAAAUUUCCAAUUUUUCCACAGGCAGGAAGUAAAAAGAGAACAUUCUCUAGAACUCCCCUGGGGAGCUUCAGCAGUGGAAUAACAGAACUUGUGGACACUGACCUGGCCUUGAGGUGAAGGUUGGGCCCAGCAGCCUCUGACCAGGACCUGUAGAUAUUGUACCCUGAAACGUCAGUUUUCAUGUGGAACAAACACAUGGCUUUUUCUAAGUUCUCCCCUUGUGCUAAUUGUAUGUGAGAUAGUUCCAGUCUGAAUUUUCUAUUUAUUGUGGGGGUUUAUUUGAACG